AUGGCACCAUCGCCAAUUAAACCACCAAGUUCAUGGGAUCAUGACGAAUCUCCUACUAAACGAGCAAAGACGAUUCAUGGUCUUAGUCAACCCCGAUAUACAACUAUCCCGUCAUUGAGAUAUCAAGAACGCGAGCACAUCGUGGGUGAGGAUGAGGAUGAGGAUGAAGAUGGCGAAGAUGGCGAAGAUGAUGAAGAACUAUCAGAACAUGAAGGUGCAACUCAAGAAGAACAUGAGCUACAUCAUAAAAUUAGACAACUUAUCAAACUGCGUAAUGAUCGACAGUUUCAUGAACUGAUUAAAAAACUUGAGGCUGAAAGUCUCGCGAAAGCCAAAGAUAGGUGGUCCAAGAUUAUUGACAAGUAUAGUCAAAUUAAUGACGAUGCCGUAAGUGAUGAGAUUGAUAUUGUGUCGGGGCGAGUAGUGAGAGAUAACGGGCAUCUACGAAGAAUGAAGGUAAAACGAUCGCAAAGGAGAUCAAAUUUGCGAGAUCGAGGUGCUGGUUCAAGCUCUGAACUGGUAUCUGAACUUGUCUCGGAAACAGAAUCUGAAUUUGAUUCCGAAUAUGAGACUGAACCCGAAUUUGAAUCGGGCUUUGGCGAGGGAUCUGAAAGCGAACUCGACGAAGUUGAUUUAUCGAUAGCAGACUCAAGCACUUCAUCAGAAAAUACUAGUUUAAGCAUUAUCCAGGGCCAAGAUGAGACUGAAAAGGACGCGGAAGACGAGUAUAGAGCAAUACGCAAAGACAAUGAAACUUUGAGCGUUAACAACAAUAACAAUAUGACUAAUAAUCACAACAAUUCACCAACGAAAAGAAAAGUUGAAAAAGGACUUAUACCCCUGCCAACAAAGCUUACACCAUUACCAAUACUACGACAUCUGGGCAAAGACAAGGAAAAAAUUCAGCUUACGAAGCGUAUAGUAUUCCCAAUAUUACGACAUCCGGACAAUGUCGAAGUAGAUAAUACAUCUGAUCGAUCAGACCUGCCAGAGCAGGAUUCUAUUGAUGAACUAUUCAAUAGUUGA